CUAGCAGGGCGACACCGUCUCAUUUCACCUCCGUCUCCGAGCAGCUUGGUCCUCCUUUGCUUUCGGGGGGGUUUAAAUUGUGUUACGUUUAAUUUCCCUUCUGUGUUUAAGAAGUGCCAUCCAUUUAAAACCCUCACCGGGAGGAUCGCCUCUCGCCGCGGGGAAGAGUGAAGUUUCAACCCGCAGCUGCUGCUCUGGAGACGGGGGGACCCGAGCCUUCACGGUCCUACAACUCCUCACCUCCUUUUCCUUAAUCACAUAUAUAUAGAGAUAGAUCUAUUUUUGUGGAAGUUAUUGCCUUCUUCAGUGAAGUUUUCAUCAUGACUCGAAGAUCGUGUGUCAUUUACGCCACCGGCAUCGUCUGCGCUCACCUCCUGAUCGUGGGGAUCGCCCUGGUCGUGGCUCAGGUCUUCCAAACGAUGAUCCACAGCCGGCUAAAAAAGGAAAUUACGUUGACAGAGAAGAGCCAAGUGUUUGAGUCAUGGAAGAACCCACCCCCGCCUGUUUACAUGGAGUAUUACUUCUUCAACGUGACCAAUCCUGAGGAGUUUCUCGCAGGAGGGAAGGCGUCUGUCAAACAGAUCGGCCCUUAUACUUACAGGGAAUACAGGCCACGGGAAAACGUCACUUUCCUGGAGAACGGCACCAAGGUUUACGCUCUGAAUCCCAAAUCUUUUGUCUUUGUCCCUGAGAAGUCGGCUGGUAACCCUGAGGUGGACAUCAUCAGGACGAUCAACAUCCCAUUUGUGGCGGUGAUGAACGAGUUGAACUCCUACAGCUUUUUUCUGCGUACCAUGGUGUCCAUGUAUGUGAGCAGCCUGGGAGUCGACCUCUUCAUGACUCGCACUGUCCACGAGGUUCUCUGGGGCUUCAAGGACCCUCUCAUGUCAAAGAUCCAUAAAAUAAAGCCAGAAGUGGACGAAUACUUUGGGCUGAUGUGGAAGAAAAACGGCACUCACGAAGGAGAGUUUGUGUUCCACACCGGGGAGCAGAACUACUUGGAUUAUGGCAAGAUCGACACCUGGAAUGGCCUGAGGGAAAUGUCCUGGUGGUCAUCCAAUCAGAGCAACAUGAUCAACGGCACCGACGGCGCAGUCUUCCACCCACUGAUCGACAGGAACGAGCUGCUGUACAUCUUCGCCGCUGAUCUCUGCAGGUCUAUUCAUCUGGCCUACGUGGAGGACGUGGAGGUUAAAGGAAUCCAGGCUUACCGCUUCGCUCCCCCCAGCGACGUCCUCAUGAGCCCCAAGCAAAACCCCACCAACGAGGGCUUCUGCGUGCCGGCAGGAGACUGCCUCGGCACCGGGGUGCUGAAAGUCAGCGUUUGUAGAGAAGGUGCUCCCAUCGUUGUGUCCUUCCCCCACUUUUACCAGGCCGACCCCAAGUACAUAAACGCUGUUGACGGGCUUAACCCCAACAAGGAGGAGCAUGAGACGUACCUGGACCUGCAGCCGACCACAGGUGUUCCUAUCCGCGCCUGCAAGAGGGCUCAGCUCAACAUCAUCGUGAAAAGAAUCCAAGGCUUCCCCAAAACAAAGUUCCUCAAUGAGACCAUUUUCCCCAUCAUGUUUGUCAACGAGACGGCAACUAUUGACGAAGACUCGGCGUCUCAGAUGAGGACCCUGCUCCUGAUUGUCACUCUCGUGUCAAACUUCCCCCUUCUCAUCAUUGGGAUGGGCAUCAUCCUGCUGCUGGUGCUCGUUGUGUUGUUCUGCAGGAAUCGGCAGAAAAAGAAUGAAGUAAAACGUAUUGAUUUUACUGAAGCUUUUCAUUCUUUUACUACGGCGAAAGACGACACUGCAUACACACAGGUCAGCGACAAACCGGAAGACUCGUCAGAAAAACCGGCCAGCCAGCCGAUGAAGAACGGCUCCUACAUCGCCAUGUCUCCAGUGGAGGCCCAGAAGUGUUGAUUGAGGACUCCCCUCCUCUAGCAUGGAGAAUAAGGAGGGGUCUGAGGGAGCAGCACAGGGGAGGUGUGGGAUGUUUAAUUUCCGUGGGUGGGGGAGGACUGGAAACACAGCGGGACACAAAACCAAGAUAUUGUUUAGCCUACAAAGACAUUGAUCUUCUUCCUGAGCACUCUUCUGUCUAUCCUCCUCCGCUCUACCUGCCUGCAGGACUGCAACACAACCUAACCCCUCCCCCACAGCGUGCAAAACAUCUCCGUCCUGGUAGGCCCCGAACAUGAAGGGACUUCUUAAACUGGAAAGGAGGGUUCAACCAGGAAUUUAAAAAAAGGGUUUUCCAUAAUUACACCGAGGCCAAAUGAAAAACGGGGCCUAGAUGUCGCUGUCGCACACGGAUGCAUGAUCGUCUGAGCAGACCCCACAUACGAAACUCAGUGUUUAGCACUAAUUCGAACAAAAGGGGGCGUUGUUACAGUCGUACUCUGUCAGUGUUGCGAGAAGAGGAAAAACUUGGAGCCUUCAGAAUAAAUAAAGCCCUUAUAAACCAGAAACCUUCAGGAGGAAAACCUCCUGGAAUCAGGCGAGUUAACAGUUUUGCUAAUAAAAAUGGACUUUGUAUAUUUUAUAAAGGAAAAUAAAAAUCAACUGAGCCUUUGUUUUCUAAUACGAGUUUGUGCAGCUGCCGGUUAGACACGUUGCACCUCCUGUGCGUCAGUGAAUCUGCGUGUGCGCCUUUAUUUUGAAACAAACUACUGUUUUCUUUCCUAUUGCAGGCACAGUUUAGUCUGAAAUCUGAUCUACUCAUGAUUCUCACCGCUUCCUCCUCUUCCUUUGGGUCCCUUAAAACACUAUUUACAGAAUGGAGACAUUCAAAGUCCUCCUUGAUUUGAGGCAUCUUUGCUUUAAAAUGAUUGAAUACAUUUUCAGAAAUUAUCAGCAAAAAA